GGCGCACCGGCAGCAGGUGGGCGGGGUGCGGGCCGGCGGCGGCGGGCGGGGGGCGCCAGGCUGCGCUGGGGCCGGCGCGGCCCUCCGUGUUCGCCAUGGACUUCAACAUGAAGAAGCUGGCCUCGGACGCGGGCAUCUUCUUCACUCGGGCGGUGCAGUUCACAGAGGAGAAAUUCGGCCAGGCCGAGAAGACCGAGCUCGAUGCCAACUUUGAGAACCUCCUGGCCCGGGCGGACAGCACCAAGAACUGGACGGAGAAAAUCCUGAGGCAGACGGAGGUGCUCCUGCAGCCCAACCCCAGCGCCCGAGUGGAGGAGUUCCUGUACGAGAAGCUGGACAGGAAGGUGCCCUCGCGCGUCACCAACGGGGAGCUGCUGGCUCAGUACAUGGCAGAGGCGGCCAGCGAGCUGGGGCCCACCACCCCCUACGGGAAGACCCUGAUCAAGGUGUCAGAAGCUGAAAAGCGCCUGGGAGCCGCCGAGCGGGAUUUUAUCCACGCAGCCUCCAUCAACUUCCUCACGCCCCUGCGCAACUUCCUGGAAGGGGACUGGAAGACGAUCUCGAAGGAGAGGCGGCUCCUGCAAAACCGGCGUCUGGACUUGGAUGUCUGCAAAGCACGACUGAAGAAGGCCAAGGCCGCAGAAGCCAAAGCCGCGUGUGAGGGAGAUACGGUGCCUGACUUUCAGGAGACUAGACCUCGUAAUUACAUUCUCUCCGCCAGCGCCUCCGCGCGUUAUUGGGAUAUUUGGCAUUUACUGUUUAGUCUGGGAAAUAGGCCAGUCACACGUAUCCCAUCCUGCCUGUCACAACCAUGCUGUGCCUUCUGCCUCUUCUCUGUCCUUCCAUCUCCCCCACGGCUCUGGAAUGAUGAGGUGGACAAGUCUGAGCAGGAGCUCCGAGUGGCCCAGACAGAGUUUGACCGGCAGGCAGAGGUAACGCGCCUCCUGCUGGAGGGAAUCAGUAGCACCCACGUGAACCACCUUCGCUGCCUCCAGGAGUUCGUCGAGUCUCAGACAACUUACUAUGCGCAGUGCUACCGCCACAUGCUGGACUUACAGAAACAGCUGGGCAGCUCCCAGGGAGCCAUAUUUCCAGGCACCUUUGUGGGCACCACAGAGCCCGCCUCCCCGCCCCUCAGCAGCACGUCGCCCACCACCGCUGCGGCCACCAUGCCCAUGGAGCCCUCCGUGGCCGGCCCAGCCCCUCCGGGGGAGGCCGCGCUCUGCCUGGAGGAGGUGGCUCCACCCGCCAGCGGAACCCGCAAGGCCCGUGUUCUCUACGACUAUGAAGCAGCUGACAGCAGCGAGCUGGCCUUGCUGGCUGAUGAGCUCAUCACUGUCUACAGCCUGCCUGGCAUGGACCCUGACUGGCUCAUUGGCGAGAGAGGCAACAAGAAGGGCAAGGUCCCUGUCACCUACCUGGAACUGCUCAGCUAAGCGGGACCCUCCCAGGCCCCUGCUUGUCUGGCCUGGGCAGGAGGAUGGUGCAGCCCUGCCUUUGUCUGGUCUGUUGGUGACCUGGCUGCUCAGGGUGGGGAUUAGACUAACCCCUUCCUGUCGCUACUCCUGGUCAUCAGCUGUGAGGGGCCCCAGAGGCUGAAUGUUCCCGGCCCCUCCCCCAGCCCUGCUUCUGACCUGGUUCUGGAGCCCCCACCUGCCUGUGUCCCCUGAGCACCCCAGCCUCCUGGCUCCUCUAAGGAGGGAGGGGCUCGCUGCAGCCGCCUCACUCAGCUCCUCAGCCUGUGGGGGGUCACCUUUGGCAAGAGAGCACCUUUUAGUUGCCAAAAGCAGCGGGAGGAAGGGCAGGCGGGUCUGUGGCAGGCCCCAGGACUGGGCGUGGUCCCCUCUGGAUGACUGGAGCAGAGGGGAGCCUGGCGGAGAGGCAGGGCUGGGCCAUGGAGCAGCACUCCCCGGUGCUACCCUCCCCUUCGUACCCUAGAGCUCAAGCCAAGUAUGGUGGCUGCAGCCUGCACUCCCCACACUUUUUAACUGAUCUUUUUACUCUGCCUGUCUGCUUUGCUCUCUAGCCAGCGGCGAAUAAUAAACCGUUCUUUGUGUGCAUGUUGA